AUCCUGUUUCUUGAAAUAGACCUUUUAGCGUAGAGUUAGUGUAUGGUCUCAAACAAAUGGGUGAGAGGAUAGGAGUCGGAACCUUAACUCACAGAGUGGCCAUGGCUUCUCCUUCUCCUUCAACCUUCUCUAAAGCUCUUCCUACCUUCAACAGCCUCACCUUCGUGACUCGGAAACGCAUCUAUGGAGUUGACUCGUUUAGAACUCGCCUAUCCAUAGCUUCCUCUCUUCCAGUCAGAGCUUCUGUAUCCACAGAGGAACUCCCAACCUCCUCAGCUACGUAUAAGGGCGUCGAAAAUCUGGUAAUUAUAGGUUCAGGUCCUGCUGGAUAUACAGCGGCAAUAUAUUCGGCCCGGGCGAAUUUGAAACCUGUUGUAUUUGAAGGUUAUCAAGUAGGUGGUUCUCCUGGAGGUCAGUUGAUGACUACCACAGAAGUGGAGAAUUUCCCUGGAUUUCCUGAGGGGAUAACUGGGCCGGAUUUGAUGGAUCGGAUGCGGAAGCAAGCUGAGCGUUGGGGAGCAGAGCUCUACCAAGAAGAUGUGGAAUAUAUUGAUGUGAAAAGCAACCCCUUUACCAUAAGAAGUAGUGAACGUGAGGUAAAGUGCUACAGUGUUAUUGUAGCCACAGGAGCUACUGCAAAAAGGCUCAGGUUACCUCAUGAGGACGAAUUUUGGAGUAGAGGAAUUAGUGCUUGUGCAAUUUGCGAUGGGGCAUCACCACUGUUCAAGGGGCAAGUUCUUGCUGUAGUUGGAGGAGGUGAUACAGCCACUGAGGAAGCAUUGUAUCUUACUAAAUAUGCCCGUCAUGUACAUUUACUUGUUCGAAGAGACCAACUAAGGGCAUCUAAAGCAAUGCAAGAUAGAGUUUUCAACAAUCCAAAUGUUACCUUGCACUUCAAUACAGAGCCCGUGGAUGUCGUUGGGAAUACCAAAGGCCAGAUGUCUGGGAUUUUAGUUAAGAAGGUUGAGACAGGAGAGGAAUCAGUCAUUGAAGCUAAAGGUUUAUUCUAUGGCAUAGGUCACACUCCGAACAGUCAGUUGUUGGAAGGGCAAAUUGAACUUGAUAGGGCAGGUUAUGUGUUAGUGAAGGAAGGUACUGCAAAAACUUCUGUUGAAGGUGUCUUUGCAGCUGGAGAUGUACAGGAUCAUGAAUGGAGGCAAGCCAUAACUGCAGCUGGAUCAGGUUGUGUAGCUGCUUUAUCAGUUGAGCGAUAUCUUGUGAGCAAUAAUAUGCUUGUUGAGUUUCACCAGCAGACCAUAACUGAAGAGGCUGAGAAGAAACUCACAGAUAGAGAUAUACAUGAGGGUUUUGAUAUAUCGCUUACAAAGCACAAGGGUCAGUACGCUCUGAGGAAGUUGUAUCAUGAAAGUCCAAGACUUAUAUGUGUGCUAUACACAGCACCAACAUGUGGUCCAUGUAGGACCUUGAAGCCCAUUUUAAGCAAGGUGAUAGACGAAUUUGAUCAAAAUGUGCACUUUGUUGAAAUUGACAUUGAGGAAGAUCAAGAGGUUGCAGAGGCAGCCGGGAUUAUGGGUACUCCAUGUGUGCAGUUUUUCAAAAACAAAGAAAUGCUCAGGACUGUACCAGGGGUAAAAAUGAAGAAAGAGUACAAAGAAUUCAUUGGGGCUAACAAAUAGUGGAGCUUGAUUUUUGUGGCUAAUGCAUUCCUUUUUUAUAUGAUUUUCUUCCUUCCAAGCAGGGGAGUUCAAUAUUAUCUUGUAUUGUCAAUAAUUUGAUUGGUGCAAUCAUGCAAUGCAUAAUUUGCAAAACAAUUUUGAAA